AUGGAGGUGGAUGGCGCUGUACAUAGCACAGGCCCAAGGCUCGUGCGGGCGGCCAUGCGGCGCACUGCGCGAUGCUUGAUGGAUGGACAGGCGCGAGAGAGGGCUCAAGAGCGGAUGGCGGCCAAGGAGGCGGAAGCCGUGGCGGCGAUCGCGGAGAAGUCGGGGAGCCCAAGGGAUGGAACCCUGCGGAACGCCAAAUCCGCCGCGCCCAUCUCGGUGGUGGAGCUCGAGGCGCUGGCGCCGGACCAGGGCUUCGCGCAGGCGCGCCUCGCGGCGGAGAAGAUCCACGAGAUCCUGGGGAAGCUGAAGGCGGCCAAGCAGCAGAACUCGGACGACGCGGCCAGCUUCGAGGACUGCAGCCUCCGCUUGCAGAAGCAGCUGCUGAGCCUCAGGCGAGCGCACCGCGCGAUGAUCAAGUUCUCGGAGCAAGGCAGGAUGGCAGAGGUGUCCGCGCGGAAGGUCACGGAGACCGAGUUUGCGAAUUUGCAGACCCGGAAGUAUGAGAGCUCAGUUUGCCGCGCAGCAGCUGGGCGAUGCCGCUAUCUUCUUACCCCUGAGCUGGACAAGCUUCGCCCAUUAGUGUCAGGGUUUCAGGCCAAGGAGGAUGCGAAGGUCUCCGAAUCCGAAAAAGCAGGCCUUCUGACCGGCCUGAUCCACGCAGAACUGCAAGAGAGGAUAUCCCUGGAGGAGCAAUUGAAGGGGCUGGAGCAGCAGAAGCAGAGCGAGCAGCAGAAGCUGACAGACCGCGUGAAAGCUGGCGCACAUCUCACUUCGAGAAUGGGCACGCUGAAACGAGCGCUGGAGCCUUUGCGCAGCUUGCUUCAAGGUGACGAGCCCGGCAAGGAGGACAAGGCCAAAGCAGCGAAUGCACCAGAGGAGGCAGAGAAGACCGGGGAUGGUGCGGCUGAACCACCUGCAAAGCGUUUGAAGGAGGCUGAGGCGGCCGAGCGCAUGCGAGCAGAUGCCGCGGAAGUGGAGGCCAACAGGCGCGGCGCGCUCCGUGAGCUCGAGGAGUUCCGGCGCCAGUCCCAGCUUUGGGCCGCGGAGCAGGGCGCGGCGGAGGCUGACUCUUCUCGGCUUCUGGCUGCCAAUGAGGCCUUGACGAAGGAGAAUGAGGAGUUGUGCUGCAGGCUCCAGACGAUGGCACCCAAAUCAGACACUGAGGAGGCAUAUUUGGCAGCAAUCAAUGCCGCCGAGCAGUGGGUCCUGUACCAUGCAGGCAUGCCGCUGGAGGGCAGUAGCAUGCCCUACUUGCGAGGAGUCACUGUGUACUUCCAGGAGUUUUCGGCUUCCCUGGUGCCGCUGGUGCUGGCCACCAAUCCGCGGCAGCUCCGGUCAGCAGCUGCUGCGGUUGAAAGCUGCGAGCUUGCCCGCGCCACUUUGCAGUGCUUCAGGCUUUGUGAUGCACAGUGCUGCGGGUACCUGAGCUGGGAUGCGGAAGAGGUGUGCGACCUCGUGCAUGCGGUAUUCCAGCGCAAGGGCUUGCCGACACCCAGCAAGGAUCUACAGCAUUUGAUGUUCACGAAGUUUGACGAGGAUUUGAGCGGCAGGCUUUGCGCACAGGACUGCCUUUGUUUGGUGGACGCGCUCUUCCGGGCCGUACUGUCAUCCCCGGCGGCUGUUUCCGCCCGCAUGACUGAACAAGCACCAGAGGGGCCCAUCGUGUCUCCUGGCAGCGAUCUCAGCGGGCUGCCCGGCAAAUGGACUUCAUGGCACAGUCACGCCUGCAGCGGCGACUCGAAGAGGAUGUUGGUGGCGUCCAGCGUCUGA